UGACUCACAGCAGAUUGUGCAUCAUAUUAUGUAACAAUGUAGCAUACAGACUGCUGAUGGAUAGCACAUAUGAAUGUCUGACCUUGUCUUUACCUUCACACAGACUGGUGGCCUUCCUGUUCAUAGCGCUGCUGGGACUGGUUGUCUGGAAGUCGUCAAGUAUCUACUAGAUGUCCAGCCCGACACGAUCUCCGUAAAGAACGAAGCUGGUGACCUUCCUGUUCAUAGCGCUGCUAAGACUGGUUGUCUGGAAGUCGUCAAGUAUCUACUAGAUGUCCAGCCGGACAUGGUCUCCGUAAGGAACACAAGAGGUGAACUUCCUGUUCAUCGUGCUGCCAGGAGUAGACAUCUGGAAGUCCUCAAGUAUCUACUAGAUCUCCAACCAGACAUGAUCUCGGUAAAGUGCCACGCUGGUGACCUUCCUGUUCAUAGCGCUGCUGAGACUGGUCGUCUGGAAGUCGUCAAGUAUCUACUAGAUGUCCAGCCGGACAUGGUCUCCGUAAAGAACACAAGAGGUGAACUUCCUGUUCAUCGUGCUGCCAGGAGUAGACAUCUGGAAGUCCUCAAGUAUCUACUAGAUCUCCAACCAGACAUGAUCUCGGUAAAGUGCCACAAUGGCGACCUUCCUGUUCAUCGUGCUGUCGCCAAUGGACAUCUGGAAGUCAUCAAGUAUCUACUAGAUCUCCAACCAGACACGAUCUCUGUAAAGAACAACAACGGCGACCUUCCUGUUCAUCGUGCUGUCGCCAAUGGACAUCUGGAAGUCAUCAAGUAUCUACUAGAUCUCCAACCAGACACGAUCUCUGUAAAGAACAACGCUGGUGACCUUCCUGUUCAUAGCGCUGCUGAUGCGGGUUGUCUGGAAGUCGUCAAGUAUCUACUAGAUGUCCAGCCGGACAUGGUCUCCGUAAAGAACACAAGAGGUGAACUUCCUGUUCAUCGUGCUGCCAGGAGUAGACAUCUGGAAGUCCUCAAGUAUCUACUAGAUCUCCAACCAGACAUGAUCUCGGUAAAGUGCCACAAUGGCGACCUUCCUGUUCAUCGUGCUGUCGCCAAUGGACAUCUGGAAGUCAUCAAGUAUCUACUAGAUCUCCAACCAGACACGAUCUCUGUAAAGAACAACGUAAGUUGAGAAAUCUGUAUCGUAGACUCCCUUUACUGUAGUCAGUCACUCUUACAGCACUCUUGAGGAUCACUGUGCUAGCUGUAUGUCUAUUGGUGGGAGAAUAUCAAGCUGAUACAACAGCAACCUCACCGAUCGUUUGCUGCAAAAGUAGCUGUUGUUACGUGACCAGUCUUAUAACCAACAAUGCUACAGUC